CUGAAAUCGUUUAGUCGCCCUAGAACGCUAGGGAAAAGAAAGCUAACACGUGGAAAUAGUAAUCUGUUGUGUAUUCCUUACAUAUCAGGAUAUUGCAGUGCCUUUAUCAACAGCGGCUCUGUAAAAUUAGCUGAGGGCGACGUCUACCACCUGACUAGCUGAUUCAGCUGCCUGAUCAUGGCGGAUACCGGAGACGAGGAUUGUCAGUAUAGAAUUAAAGAAGGUGACUACGUUGUGUUAAAACGAGGCGAUAUCUUCAAAGCGGUGCAAAUCCAACCCAGGAAGAAGGUGAUCUUUGAGAAACAGUGGUUCUUCCUGGAUAAUGCAGUGGGUCAUCUGUACAGCACCACGUUUGACAUCGGGUCUGGAGGGGCACUGCAGCCACAGAAGCUCAAGGAAAACGAGAGCUGUAGUGAUGCAAAGGAAGCAGGCACAGACAACAGACACAUUGUGGAUGAUGGAAAAUCACAGAAGCUGACCAGAGAUGACAUUGAGACGCUUAAAGAGCAAGGUCUGAAGGGUCAGGAAAUCAUUCAGCAGCUUAUAGAAAACAGCUCCACCUUCAGAGAUAAGACUGAGUAUGCCCAGGAUAAAUACAUAAAGAAGAAAAAGAAGAAGUAUGAAAAUACUGUGACAGUUCUGAGGCCGACUUGUCGCAUCUUGGCUAUGAUGUACCACGGUCGGGAACCAGGGAAGAUCUGUCACCUGCGGUAUGACACACUUGCCCAGAUGUUGACUUUGGCAAACAUCCAUGCUGGCAGCAAAGUUUUGGUUUUUGAGACAUGUGCUGGUCUUGUGCUGGGAGCUGUCAUGGAAAGAAUGGGGGGCUUUGGAUCAGUGAUCCAGAUGUACCCAGGAGGGGGGCCGGUCCGGGCUGGUGUGGAGAGCUUUGGUUUCCCUGCACAUUUUCACGAUACGCUGCAUGAAUUUCCCAUCUGCCACGUCAAUGCUCUGCUGGCGGGCACUCUGGAUACCACUGCAAAAGAGCCCAGUGCUGAUGAAAAUCAGUCCGGCGUAGUUGCAGAAGAAGAGCAAAACCAGCGCGAGGUAGAGCCGCAGAGCAUGGAGACCAGCACUGCUGAUGCUGUUGGGGACGACCAGGAGAAAAACGAGAAGGAAAAACGCAAAGAAGCCAAAACUCAGGUUAAGAAGUUGAAGCUGGAGGAGAAGCGGAAGAAGCUGGCAGCUGUAGCUUCCUUACUGGAAGCACGUAACGCUGAUGGGUUAGUUAUAGCCAGUCGGUUUCAGCCGUGUUCCGUCCUCAUGGGCCUGCUCAAAUUCCUCGCGCCCUCCAGACCCUUCGUCGUCUACUCCCAGUACAAAGAGCCUCUUAUAGAGUGCUACACAAAACUUAGGGAGCACGGUGGGACGGUCAACCUUAAACUCACAGACUCCUGGCUCAGACAUUAUCAGGUGUUGCCUAACAGGACGCAUCCUCUGCUUCUGAUGAGCGGGGGCGGGGGCUACCUCCUCUCAGGGACCACGGUUGCCACGGACCAUCAGAAACCUGCGGGCGCCCAGCGAGCCGAGGAACCGGCACCAAAGAGACUAAAGCUGACGGACACCGAGGCGUAAACACAACAGCAGACGCGUCCGAUCGGGUGAGGGCCCGUUUCCAGUGACCUAUAGGAGCUUCCGCUUCACUUCCACCUUCACUUCACCUGGCACAUGUGGAAGAAGUGGAACCGGUGUCUGGUUUGCAUUCAUCAGAUCACAUGGACUUGUUCAUUCAGAUCAGUGCAUAAUGCUGAGGAGUAAACUACACCUUGUUUAGGCGAUUUGAGCUCAGUUUGUUUGAUAUGUUCAAUAGGAGCUGCUGCAUCAUUUUCUUUCAUGUGCGACAGGUUUUCUGUCUUCAUACUAUAACUUUUUGCUUCUUACAGUAGUUGAUGCUCUACAAUUUUAAGUUCAUAACCUUUCUGCACUAUUAGUUCCAUGAUCCUGUUGCCCAUGCAGCUUCACUGUGAAUUAAAUGUACAGAGUGUACAGAAUAAAGCAGCCAUUCUUAACAGA